AUGUGUCGUCCGCUUGAUCCCGUCACGAGUACCGUGGUGGAACCGCUGGAACGUCCGAACGCGUCCGAUUCCACUAUCCGCGUCCCGGCCAGCGUGUGCCAGUUUACCCUGCGUCUAACCGCUGACACGUUCCUUAUCACCGAGGUUGUGGGAGACUUCCAAACAAUUCUCGGGAACGGUGCUGAGAACAGCGGUGGUGGUGGUGAUCAGGCGACGACAAAUCUGUUAAAUCGACACCUGCAAGAUAUUGUUCAUCCGUCUGAUCGGUUAGAACUGGAACAGCGUCUUCUUGAGGCAUGGAAUCAUCGACGUCCAGUUCAUUUCUCCCUCCGUCUGGUCCAUCUGGAUACCGGUGCCCCCGUCAGUCUGGAAGCUCGCCUAAGCCCGAUCUGUUUAGGCGCACAUUUGCACUGUUUCGUGUGUCGUCUCACCGCGACCGAAACUCCAAACAUUGACCAUCUAAGUCUGGCAAGCUGUUUCACGAGAGCCGGUGGCAGGUUAUUUGAUCCGGAAGCCUUGUGGCGUUUCAAUGCUCGAAUUUCCUUCCGAAUCUCUGAUUCUGUGGACGAUCUCGUGGAUAGUGACCAGGUUGCAUUCUCAGAAGAACUACUGAGUCUGGCAGGAAUGAGUCAUCUGUGCCCGAUCCCCCCGAAAUUGGCUUCCCCUGCCGAAGGUGUACCGGCUGAGAUUCGUGCGGAUCCAUUCGGCACGAUCGAUAUCAAACCGACCAUUUUCAAUGAACCCCGGCCACCAUCAUCGGUUGAGGUAAGGCUGUUGGUGUUCAUUCUCUGUCAGAUCGAAUUACCAUUGGUAUGUAUCAUUAUUGUUGUUGCUUUUGUUAUUAUUAUUGUUAUUACAAAACUGAGUGUUACUGCUGUUAAGACAAUGAUUCAUAAAGUCGUCUCUUACAUUAAUCUUACUCGGUAA